AUGGAGAAGGUGGAGGAGGAGGGACGGCAGAAAAGUCGGAAAUACCAGACAGGGGAAUAUCUGACUGAGCGGGAGGAGGAGCGAGUGGGCUACCCUCACCGGAGGCGGAAAUCCAAAGCAGAUCUUAGGUACCGGAAGCAGAAGGAGUCUGGGAAGGGUAAAGGCACAGAGCUGCGGCUGAGGAGCAGGCUAUCCCCAUCCCCCCGGAAAUCUCAAGGACACACAGACUUUCGGAAUGGCUUCUUCCUGGAGCACUCCGACAGCUCUCCCGUCCAAGAAGAGCUGGAGAAACCAUCAGGAAAACGCAAAUGUAAAACCAAACACCUGGCAGGGAUCUGUGAUGAGGGGAAGGGGAAAGGCUGCUGUAACCAGCCCAAAAUGUGCUCUCUGAAGAAGUCCCAGGACUUGUGGACAGUUUGUAAGUCACAGCAGGUCAGCCCAGGGAGCUCCCCUGAAUUGCCCACAGCCCAGAACAUUCCUCCUGGAGCUCGGCGGCUGAUUGUGAAUAAAAACGCGGGGGAGACCCUCCUGCAGCGAGCAGCUCGCCUGGGCUACAAGGAUGUGGUGCUGUACUGCCUGCAGAAGAAGAGCAGCGACGUGAACCACCGCGACAACGCUGGGUACACAGCCCUGCACGAGGCCUGCGCGCGCGGCUGGAUUGACAUCCUGCACAUCCUGCUUGAGCAUGGUGCCAACGUGAACUGCAGCGCGCAGGAUGGCACCAGGCCUGUUCAUGAUGCAGUAGCAAAUGACAACCUGGAAACCCUGUGGCUUCUACUCUCCUAUGGUGCUGAUCCCACUCUGGCCACAUACUCUGGGCAGACAGCAGUGAAGCUGGCCACCAGCGAUGUGAUGAAGCACUUCCUCUCCGAUUACCUGUCAGAUCUCCAGGGCCGCACUGAUGGAGACCCUCGGACAGCCUGGGACUUCUACAGCAGCUCUGUGCUAGAGGGGAAGGACAGCAUCGGCUGCGACCUUCUGCUCAACCCUCCAGGGAGUUCAGACCUGGAGGAGGAGGAGCAAGAAGCAGACAACUUCAUGUUUGAGUUCUCAGACAAGCCACUGCUUCCCAGCUACAACCUCCAAGUGUCCGUCUCCCGGGGGCCCUGCAACUGGUUCCUCUUCUCCGACGUGCUCAAGCGGCUGAAGCUGUCCUCCCGCAUAUUCCAGGCCCGCUUCCCGCACUUUGAGAUCGCCACGCUGCCCCGGGCAGA